GCUGAUUUCAAACUCCAAAUUAUUAUAACACCAAACAAUGGAUAUUGUUUUUGAUUAUUUAACACACACGAUGGAAGCAACGGCAAAUAUUUCCACCUAUUGUCAUGAACUUUAUAAUUAUUUGAUAUAUGAUUUAGCAGAUCCAAGAACAAAUGAUUGGUAUUUAGUUAAACACCCCGUCGUUUUUCCAAUUGUCAUGAUCUAUUUAUUUGUAAUUUUAAGAGUAAUACCGAGAUUUAUGAAACAUCGAAAACCGUUUGAAUUGAAAUCAGUGCUAAUCGUUCAUAAUUUUCUUCAAGUUUUAAUUAGCAUAAUUAUAGUAGCUAUAGGUGUAACAGGAGGAUAUUUCACCCAAACCAACUUUAGAUGCCAACCAGUUGAUAAUUCUUAUAGCAAACAUGCUGUUUUUAUGAUGAUAGGAUGUUACGCAUAUUAUCUAGCGAAAUAUACUGAAUUAUUAGAUACAGUUUUCUUCGCACUCAGGAAAAAGAACAAUCAAAUCACGUUUUUGCAUCUUUAUCAUCAUUCUGUGAUGCCAAUGAUUAGCUGGGGUGCCACUAAAUAUUAUCCUGGCGGUCAUGGAACUUUUAUUGGUAUGGUUAAUUCUAUGGUACACAUCGUUAUGUACACGUAUUAUUUAAUAUCCGCAAUGGGACCAAAAUAUCAGAAGUUUUUAUGGUGGAAAAAAUAUAUUACAACAAUACAAUUGCUUCAAUUUGGUUUAAUUUUCGUUCAUCACAUGCAACUUCUCUUCUAUGAUUGUGGUUAUCCUAGAUGGGUAACAAUUCUGAUCAUGCCAAACGCAUUCUUCUUUUAUUACUUAUUCUCUGACUUCUACAACAAAGCUUACUCGGCUAAGAAGAAGCUUACAGCAGUUAAUGGUGUAGCCAAAAUAGAACACGCUAAAGGUUACAAAGAAACUAACAAAGCAAACGACGUACUCAACGGAGACAUUGCUAAGAAAUCUUUGUAGUGGAUAGAAAAUGUUCCUAUUAUUUUAUAACAAAAAUAUGAUUUAAUUAAUGAUAAUUUAAGUAUUAGUAUAUGCGAAAGUGUGAUGAGAAAUAAAUAUGUUAAUAUUAUAUAAUAUUAACAUUAAAGUUCCGUUGUUAUAUACCUUUUAGAACGCAUAGUUUUUAAAUGGCUGUGUGUAUUAAAUAAAAAGUAAUAGAAUUUGAAUAAAAACAUGGUCAAUUUGAAAUUUUGAUACAGUUUACUGUGUUAGAAUUAAGCCGUAACAAACACGCAAUUUAGAGCUCAAUUGUUAAGGUAGAAUAUUUGUUAGUAGGAUCGUAUUAUGUAAAAUUAAA